UAAUUUGGGAAUAUUUAAAAGAAACAAUAAAUUAUUGUGGGUGCUUUUAGUGAGAUACUUUUUAAUUUUGAACGUUUCCAAUUGUGAGGAGGUGAACGAUUUCGUUAGUUUUACUUAUUACGAAAACGGAGAAUUGGAAACGUUGAUUAAAUUCGGCGGUAUUAGCGCCAAAGAAAUUUCGGUCGCUAAUAAAAAUGAAUCUGGGUUAUCUCUCCGACAAAUAAGUAACGGAAAACGAUUUCUUCAAUUAAUCUACGACGAAGAAUCCUUAAAAGAAUGCAAUUACAUCCAGGAGAAAGACCAAGUUGAAAAGUUCCUCAACUCGUUUAAUCCGGCCAAUUUUUAUAAUUCAAGUUCUACCUCAAAAGUUAUUGUGGAUAAUUUACGAGAUCGAAAUCUACCUCCUAAUGUGAAGAGUUGGUUUAAUUUUAGGCGGAUGAAGAAAUUGUGUCACCAAAAAUUGAGGGAAAUUAAAAGCGAAUUAAAAAAGUUAGAAAAACGCCGCUUGGAGGAGAUGGAACAAGAAAAUCUUUUCGGGAGGUCAAUUCGAAAUCGAAGAAGUUUUCAAGUACUUUUACCGGGAUCGAAUUGGUGCGGUGAUAGAAACCGAGCGGAAUCCUAUACGGAUUUAAAUCUAUUUUGGAAAACGGAUAAAUGCUGUAGAACUCACGAUUUCUGCAAAAAGGAUAUCCCCGGAUUUUCUUUUCGUUACUCCUAUUAUAAUUUUCGACCGUUUACGAUUUCUCAUUGUAAAUGCGACGACAGGACGAGAAGAGAUAUAAGCGAUUUUCUUCGGGUACCGGGUACCCAAUGGUGCGGAAAAGGUUACUCCGCAAAGAAAUACACCGACGUCGGGAUGUUCUCCCAAACGGAUAGGUGUUGUAGGAAACACGAUCUCGCCUGUCCGUAUUGGAUCGGCGGAUUUCAAAUGAAAUACGGCGUCCGAAACAACAUGAUCAACACGUUGAUGCAUUGUAGCUGCGACGAACGAUUUCGGGCUUGUUUAAAACGUGUUGGGACGAUCGACGCGAAUUUAGUUGGGAACAUUUUCUUUAAUUUUGUCCAAAGGGAAUGUUUCACCUUAGAACCGAAGAAUAAAUGCGAUAAAAAAAAAUUUAACAAUUUAAAAUUGAAGAAAAAUGAUUCGAUGAAGAGUAUUAAGGUGAAAAAUUCAAACGUACGGCGAAGAAAACGCAACGAAAGGAAAUGUAGGAGGAAGAACUCUGAAAGAAAAGCUACUAUUCGAAGAAAUUUAGUUUAUUAAUUAGGUCUUUAUUAAUUUAAAAUCGAUUUGUUGAAAUAUUUUUUUAAUUUAGCCGAAUAU